UGUUGUGUGGCCACUCACUCACUAUUUAUAAUUGUCACUAAUAAUGAACCAACCAUCAACCAUGUUCUUUUCCACUCUCUCUUCUUUGUUUUUCUUUUGCUGACUGACUUAACAACAACGUUUCCUUGCUUAUAUUAAGGUUAGUCAAUUCUCUCUCUUCAUGUUCAAAGAGGACAAAAUCUACGAACCCUCAAAUUGUACUACAUACAUAGUAGACUCACUCACAAUCUCAAACCUUUAAGCUGUGAAACCUUUCCAUGCCGGACGGAGAAUCAUCCACCGCCGUUGUUGCUGAUCAACAAAACUCCUUCAGUCUUUCCACAGUAAAAAACCAUGAUGAUACUGUAAAAAAAGAUCCAACCAAAAUUGCAAGAAAGUAUCAAUUGGCGUUAUGCAAGAAAGCUAUGGAGGAAAAUAUAAUUGUUUAUUUGGGAACAGGAUGUGGGAAGACACACAUUGCUGUGCUGCUUAUGCAUGAAAUGAGACAUUUGAUAAAGAAGCCGAACAAGGAUGUAUGCGUCUUUCUUGCACCAACCGUUGCUUUAGUUAAUCAGCAAGCGAAGGUUAUAUCUGACUCUGCUGAUUUUGAAGUUGGAACUUACUGUGGGAGUAACAAGCGCUCCAAAUCUCAUCAAUAUUGGGAGGAGGAGAUUGAACAAUUUGAGGUUCUUGUUAUGACCCCACAAAUAUUACUCCAUAAUUUAUCUCAUUGUUUCAUCAAGAUGGAGAUGAUCGCACUUUUGGUAUUUGAUGAAUGCCAUCAUGCUCAAGUCAAAAGCAGCCAUCCUUAUGCAGAAAUCAUGAAGAUCUUCUAUAAAAGUAAUUCCACAAAAGUUCCCCGCAUAUUUGGCAUGACUGCUUCCCCCGUUGUAGGAAAAGGUGCUUCUACUGAAGCAAAUCUACCAAAAAGCAUCAACAGUCUUGAACUAAUCCUUGAUGCUAAGGUAUACUCAGUUAAAGAUGAGGCAUUGAAAUCUUUUGUGACCACUGCCAAAGUUAAUAUAUAUCAUUAUAGUUCGACUGCAAAUAUGGAAACUAGCUUGGAGUGGAAAAUGGAAGAGUUUAAAUUGCAGUGCACAGAAACCCUUGGUAGGAGUAUAGAAGAUCACCAGAAACGGCUGAGCACAAAGAAACUUCUCAAACGGGUACAUGAUAAUGUGGUCUUCUGUCUCAGGAGUCUUGGCAUUUGGGGAGCGUUGCAGGCUAGUCGUGAUCUUUUGAGCGGUGAUCGUUCAGAGAGGCAUGCAUUAGUUGAGGCAGAAGGAAUUUCAAGUGAUGAGUCUGUAUGUGAUAAAUAUCUUGCUAAGACAGCUGAACUAUUUAAUUCCAAAUGUAAGACAGGCAACAGUGUUGAUGAUCCAUCUUCCUGGGAAAGAUUAAAAGAACCUUUUUUCUCAGCAAAGCUAUUACGCCUCAUUGGGAUACUGACCACUUUCAGGUUGCAACAGAACAUGAAAUGUAUAAUUUUUGUGAAUAGAAUUGUGACUGCAAGAGCCCUGUCAUUCAUACUACAGCAGCUCCAGCUUCUAAAACACUGGAAGAGUGAUUUUCUUGUAGGAGUCCAUUCUGGAGUGAAGAUUAUGUCACGGAAGGCCAUUAAUUCGAUUGUUGAUAAGUUUCGCUCUGGAGAGUUGAAUCUAUUGGUUGCUACAAAAGUGGGUGAAGAAGGACUUGAUAUUCAGACAUGUUGCCUUGUCAUACGGUUUGAUCUUCCAGAAAAUGUUGCCAGCUUUAUACAGUCAAGAGGCCGCGCACGUAUGCCUCGUUCAGAAUAUGCAUUUUUGGUUGACAGGUACCUAUACAAUAUAGAGAUUUUGAAAGGAAUAUAUGCAAAUCUGUCCUGGUUAUUUAUGGAAUCUUAUUAUUGCAGUGGCAAUGAGAAGGAAUUAGACAUAAUUGCUGGUUUUGAGAAAGAUGAAUUCCGAAUGAAUAUGGAAAUUGCUGACCGAACAUCCAGUGAGACACACAGCAUCCCUGUGGAAAGAAUAUUCACAGUUGAUUCAUCUGGUGCCUCAGUCACUGCUGCAUAUAGUAUCUCAUUGCUUCACCAGUAUUGUUCAAAGCUUCCACAUGAUGAGUUCUUUGAUCCCCGGCCAAAUUUCUUUUACUUUGAUGAUUUAGGGGGAACUGUUUGCCAGAUAACUUUGCCUUCUAAUGCUCCAAUACACCAAAUUGUCAGUACGCCACAUUUGUCUAUGGAAGCUGCAAAAAGAGAUGCUUGCCUGAAAGCAAUUGAAGAACUGUAUAAAUUAGGUGCUUUGAAUGAUUGUCUUUUGCCAAGGAAAAAUGAUGCAGAGACAGAGAAGGUUUUGGGCUCUUCUGAUUCCGAUGAGUGUGAAGAUGACCGCUCGAGAGGAGAAUUACAUGAGAUGCGAGUUCCUUCUGCAUUUCGACAGUCAUGGAAAAAUGAGCAGAAAACUGUCCGUCUCAAUUCUUACUACAUUAAAUUUUGCCCUACUCCGGAGGAUAGGGUCUAUAAAAAGUUUGGUUUAUUCAUCAUGAGUCCUCUUCCAAUGGAGGCAGAGAAACUGGAACUUGAUCUUCAUCUUGCUCACGGUAGAUCUGUGCUGACAAAAUUUAGGCCAUUUGGAGUUGUAGAAUUCAACAAAGAUGAGAUUAGGAUGGCAGAGAAUUUUCAAGAAAUGUUCCUUAGAGUUAUUCUUGAUAGAUUAGAGUUUGUUUCUAAGUUUGUAGAAUUGGGUGCUGAAUCCCGCACAAACACAUCGACCUUCUACCUUUUGCUUCCAGUCAUAUUGAAAGAAUAUGAUGAUGUGAUGAAAGUAGAUGUGAUGAAAGUAGAUUGGGAGACAGUGAAGAGAUGCCUUUGUUCACCAGUUUUCAGGCAUCCAGAAGAUACUUUGAAUAAAAAGGUUACCCCUUUGGAUAAUCAUCUGCAACUUGCCAAUGGUUACAGAAGUGUUAGAGAUGUUGAGAAUAGUUUAGUGUAUGUUCCACAUACAAAGUUCUUCUAUUGUGUCACAAAUAUUAUCUAUGAAAAGAAUGGAUUCAGUCUUUGUAAAGAUUCAGACACUUCAAGCUACGUGGACCACUUCAAUGAUAAGUUUUCCAUUAAUCUCAAACGCCCUGAACAACCACUUCUGCAUGCAAAACAACUUUUCAAUUUGCACAACCUGCUACACAAUCGAAAGAAUGAGGAUGCUGAAGAACCUGAUGAGCUAAAGGAAUACUUAAUUUAUUUACCUCCCGAGCUAUGCGAACUGAAAAUAGUAGGCUUUUCGAAGGAUAUUGGGAGUUCCAUAUCUUUGCUACCUUCAAUUAUGCACCGUCUUGGAAACUUGCUGGUUGCCAUUGAACUGAAGCACCAACUAUCUUCCUCCUUCCCAGAGGCAACUAAAAUUAGUGCCCAUAGAUUUCUAGAAGCUCUCACCACCGAGAAGUGUCAGGAGCGCUUUUCCCUUGAAAGACUUGAAGUGCUUGGCGACGCUUUCCUUAAAUUUGCUGUUACACGUCAUUUUUUUCUCUUGCAUGACAGCUUUCAUGAAGGAGACCUUACCAGCAAGCGAUCCAAUGUUGUAAAUAAUUCCAAUUUGCUUAAGUUGGCUAUUAGGCGCAAUUUGCAGGUCUAUAUACGUGAUCAGGCAUUUGAUCCAUCACGGUUCUAUGCAUUAGGCCGUCCUUGCCCUACAGUUUGUACCAAGGAAAAUGAAGACAGCAUACACUUAUGUUUAAAUUCUGUUGAGGACAAAAGUAGUGCAAGUGCAACUGGAAUCCGAUGUAAUAAAAAUCACCAUUGGUUGCAUAGGAAAACAAUUGCUGAUGUGGUUGAAGCUCUGGUGGGGGCAUUCAUAGUUGACAGUGGCUUUAAAGCUGCAAUUGCCUUCCUUGCAUGGAUUGGCAUAGAAGUAAAUUUUGAAGCUUCACAACUUGUUAAUAUUUGCACCGCAAGUGUUGGCUAUUUUCCUCUUGCUGCCGAAGUAGACAUUCCUUCUCUUGAAGGCAAGUUAGGACAUCACUUUGUUCAUAAGGGUCUUCUUCUCCAGGCAUUUGUACAUCCUUCUUAUAAUAAGCAUGGAGGAGGAUGUUAUCAGAGAUUGGAGUUUCUCGGGGAUGCUGUCUUAGAUUUUCUGAUUACGUCAUAUCUAUAUUCAGCAUAUCCCAAGCUAAAGCCCGGCCAGCUGACAGAUCUUAGAGCUUUGUCUGUCAAUAAUAAGGCAUUCGCCUGUGUGGCCGUGGAACGCUGUUUUGAUGAAUAUCUUCUGAGUGAUUCAAGAGACCUGAGCAAGGCAGUAAAAAGGUAUGUGGAUUACAUCAGAAGACCUGUAUCAGACAGUGGCAAUGAUGGAGGGCCAAAAAGUCCCAAGGCCCUAGGUGAUUUGGUAGAAUCUUGUGUUGGUGCCAUUCUUCUUGAUUCGGGAUUUGAUUUGAACGAAGUUUGGAAGAUCAUGACUUCAUUCUUGGACCCAAUCAUGAAAUUCUCAUCAAGUUUGCAGCUUAGUCCUGUUAGAGAUUUGCAAGAACUUUGCCAAUUUAAUAAUUUGGAAUUGCAGCUUCUGGAAUCAAAAGCAGGUAAAAAGUUUUCUGUUGAAGUCAAAGUGAUUGGGGACAGUGUAUGUGAAAAAGUUUGUAUCACCGGCCAAAAUAAAAAAGAAGCUUCUAGAAUUGCUUCACAGCUACUAUUUUCAAAGUUGAAGGCUCAAGGCUUGAAAUUGAAGUCAAAAACUUUGGAAGACGUUCUGAAAUCAACAUUUAAGACGGAACCGAAACUGAUUGGCUAUGAUGAAACCCCCAUUGAUGUAACAGAUACGACCACCAUCGGACAAGAAAUGGUUAAUGGAGAUCUAUGCAACAAUUCUUAUCCAGAAAUCUUCCGUAUCCGGGAGGUAUCUGAUGCAUCGUCCUCGUGUGUGAAAUCUGUCGCCCAACGUUUUCAAUCUUCUCCUAAGGAAAAGCUUAGUGAAACCAGUCGAAAUCGUGAUUUUGGCAUUGAUUCAUCAAAGACAGGAAAUGCAAGAUCGCGAUUGUAUGAAUUAUGUGCUGCUUAUUGCUGGAAAUCUCCUUCAUUUGAAUGCUGCAAGGAAGAGGGACCAGCCCACCUUAAGUUCUUCACUUGCAAGGCAACAAUGGAGAUAGAAGAGGCACCAGGUAUGGUUUUCGAGUUUAUUGGUGAACCUCUACCAAAGAAGAAAGAUGCAGCAGAUAGUGCAGCUGAGGCUGCAUUUUGGUACCUGCGACAGGAAGGUUACCUGCAUAAUUCUAGUGAUAAUAUUAACAAGCUCCCAACAGCUAUAUAAUCGGAAACAAAAUUCAGUUUAGGUAAAUCCUUAUUUGACUAAGAGGUUGGUAUAGUUUAUAACAUAGAAGGCCACCCUAAUGGAAAUAUGUUGUAUAAUAAUUUUGUAGUGUCAUAAGUUGUUUCUAUCUGUAUCUGCACUACUAUGUAAGGGCAUCAUGAACCUCAACAAUAAAGGGUCCUCAAUUUUUUGGGAUUUAUUGGAUAUUUCUAAAAUAUUUGUCAGCAAUGUUUAAAUAUUAGUUAACUGUGAAAAAUGACAUAGUGUAGCCAUUAGCUUGGUGGUUGUGUUAUUUUUGCAACUUAUUAUGAUA